AUGAGUGAUCCUCAUUGGAGCCUACCCCAUUGCACGGCUCAUAAUGACAUCCGUCCCCACAACAUGGUCAAUUGGGACAGAGAAAAGUCGUCUCAAUGGAAACUUACAGCAAAUAUGGAUUGGUUCCAACGUCAAAUAGAUGAAGAUAACUUCCUGAAGAUGCACGAGUUUCACCACGACACUAUUCUACAGAGACUUCCGGAUGGAAUGGAAAAAGGUGAAGACAUCGAUACGCAUAUAAUCAAAUGUACAAGGAAGUUUGAUGAAGUGCAUGUGUUUGAGUCUAAAGAGUUAGCUGAGAGAUUCGCCAAAAUCCGCUGUCCCGGCUUCAAAUUAGAUACAUCAAAUGAGGAAGACAAGGACUGCUGCUUUAGAUGCCCACUUGGAAGAGAAUUUUGCACUGCUUAUUACAGGAUUCACAAAGAGACCUACUGCAACUCUCACGUUCUCCAAGUCAGCUUCUGCCACUACGACCACGAUCGGAAAGAAGGUCAGCAGCGGUUCACGACACUUGAGUAUGCUCUCAUCCGGCUUUUCGUGGACUUUUUUUGGAAGACUGAAGUUUCUCCGGAAUGGAAUGCCCAUAAUAUGGUUUACUGCUUCCGGCACUGGUUCAGUCUAGACCAUCCAUUGCGAUACAUGACCAUCUAUGAUGUCAAAGCCAUUGGUCUGGAGAUCGGAAAACUCGAGGUUGCUCAGAUCGACAUGCUGUACGGAGUUUAUCAUUCGGAGCGCUCAACGGUGGAGUCAAGAAAUGCUUCCGGAACGAUCCAGGGUAUUGAAGCUGUUAAGAUGGCUGCUGAGCAUGCUUAUAGACCAACAGAUAUCAAUCACUACUGUAAAGAGCUACCGUAUAUGAAUCAAUGCACUGAUACAAUCGGAGCGCCAAAUCGUGUAAAUGUAUGGUUUUUGUGGACAGAGAGAGACUUCUUAACGGCUGUUCAGGCAUGGGAGGAGCUGGCCCUCUACACUGCUCGCUUCCGAGACUAUCUGCAAACUCUUAAAGGUGGCCAUUCCACGAGCUAUGUCAAUGAAAUUGCCGAAUUCGUGGAUCAUUUCUACCAUACUGCACAGAACAUGGUUUGCAAAAUCAAAACUAUGGCACUUUGCAAUCCGAGCGUGUCCAGCACAUAUACUGGAGAAAGUGAAACAAUGUUUGAGAUGGAAGAGCCACUCUUUCCAAAUUUGCCACCUUCUAAAUACCCCGACUUCUACUUCCCUCUCAAAAAGCGUGAAGACGGUGAUUGCAUCAAAGUUGGAUUCAGUGCUGCUCUCUUUCCGCUGCUUGUGGUUGACGACACAAUGUGUUUGGCUAUUCGAGAUGAUGCGUGUUUGGCGAUCCAAGGUGGAAGCAGCGACGAGUAUCAUCCCGAGGUGGAUCGAGCUAACAAAAUCGCCCAAAUCGACGAUGAGGAGUUCGCCGAUUUGGUAAACGGCAUUCGACAAGGGGCACCGAUUACGAUUCAGCCGCGAUUUGUUGCCGAGGUGUCGGACCUUUGGCGCAAUAUCUUCCACCGAGAGCAAUACUCUUGGACAAACCUCGGACCAGAACCAGCUCCAACAGUAGCAACUUGUUCCCCUGAGAAUGCUCAGACACCAGCCGUUGCUACGACAGCAGCUGACAAUGCUAUUGAAGCUGAGAACUCUGAAAAUCUUCCUCCACUCACCAAGAACCAAAAGAAGAAGCAGAAGCAGAAGGAAAAAAAGAAGCAAGCCUGGGCCGAACAGCAGGAGCUAAAGAAACAAUUGGUCACAGAGCAAAUUGAUUGA